AUGCUUAUCACCUACAUAGAAACUCUGGUGAAUUACAAUCGAGAAGAAGGGAAAACCACACUCGCUGCGCAAGGUUGGGUGAAUGAACUGAAUGUGGCUGAAGAAUCAACGCCUACCAAUGCUACUAAUAAUGAAGAACCAGAUGUGGCUAAUUGGGCAGGCGAAACAGGCCUCAAAGCCUUAACUAGUCGUUUGCUGGGGAAAGUCUAUCAUACCUUUAUGAUCAAACCCCAUGUGGCCGUGUUCAAAACAGGCAAAUGUCUGGUCCCAGGCGUUCAAAUUGAUUUAGAAUUACUCCUGAACGAUAGUAACAUGUUUCUCCUUGGAACACCUGACACUACUACCAGUGUAGACAAAAAGAUUCCAACACUGGGAGACGAUGGCCUCUAUGUCACCUUGUGGAUGAAAAAAGUCACGCAGAAUGCAUCUGUGUAUGCCAGACUGCAGAAAGAANGAUAGUAACAUGUUUCUCUUUGGAACACCUGACACUACUACCAGUGUAGACAAAAAGAUUCCAACACUGGGAGACGAUGGCCUCUAUGUCACCUUGUGGAUGAAAAAAGUCACGCAGAAUGCAUCUGUGUAUGCCAGACUGCAGAAAGAAAGAUCCCUGAGGAAAACCAAAAAAGUGAAAUAUCCAGUGGUUAGAAGUGAAAUCCGAACCUACUCCUUUGAUGGAAACAGUACCAGAUGGAAACAGGACAAUCUCUUUGUACGACGAGUGCCUGGAAAAGUGAUGAUAGGGUUGUUAAAUUCUAAUAACUACAAUGGAACUCUCAACUGCUACUCGUAUGCAUAUGAAAAGUUUGGAGUGACCUGUGUCCGACAGACGAUUGAUGGCGAAGAAUAUCUGUACAGAGCGUCGGAACUGACAGGUAACAGCGGUGCAGAAGAUUUGGUAGGGUAUGACCGAUUUCUAACAGCUUCAGGGGCUUACAAACAUCACAAACCUCCUAUGCUUCUACCAAGUGAUUAG